GAACGAGUGGAUCGAGGUAAUAACUAGCGAACGACGGCACGGUGCAGCACGGCGGUAGCCAAUCUAUUUAGAAAAGAAUUCAGGUUUCUUAAGGCCAUUGAAAGACCUGUAAUUCCAACUCUUUAGUGCGUUGCCCGCUAACGCGAAACUCCUUUUCGAUGCGAGGUCCCCCGUUUCCACGUAACGAGCGGGCCAUAAUCUGGAUCGCGAGUGUCACCAUUCUUGGAUCUACUACUUUUCCUCUCUUCUUUCUUUCUUUCCACUCUCGGUCGAUCGAAUACCUCGUUUUAACUUAGCAGGAACAAAAAAUAUUCCUGACCAUUUUCAUCCGGAUCGGCGGUCCAUCGCUCUUUGUACGAUCCUGAUCAUUUUCGUGCAGCUAAUGCCACGCUUUUACCGGCGAGCGAGAGAUCGUGAGAAAUUGCACGCGUUUCAGGGCUAAAUCCGUGUCGACUUUUGCAAUCGAAACUUCCUGCGAGCUAUGCUAACGACGGUGUAUGCCGCACCGCGUUUCAGAACGCGUUGUUGCCGUAAGUUGCGGAUGCGAGGAUGAAAAAAUCCAACUAUCAUCCGAUGUAUACGCUUUUCAAAGUACCAGUCAAUUUUAACGAGUCUGAAAUGUUUGCAUCAGCGGAAUCGGUGGACAUAGUUAGCAUAGCCUCGGAGCAUCGUCGGUCGUCGGUCGUCGGUACCCUAACGCGAUCGAAUAUUCGAAGACAAGAAAUAUUAGCGGGCAUGGACGAUUAACUUCGUCGAUCGAUCGAUCGAGAGAAGGGACGCGUGACAUCUCUCGAACGUCUUAGGUUCCAACUAAGGAAACUAGAUGUCUCGCGAGACGUAUCGUUUCUCGCUGAUGGUCUAUCGAUCGAAAUGGACUGUCGUAACCGAAUCGAUGAGUCCGACGACAGGAGACCUCGAAACGAAAUGUUUUCUCUCCUCCCUCGUUCGUAUGCAAAAUUAUCGCGUAGUCCAAUUCGGAAGAAAAAUUUAAGAAAAACAUGCGUUUCGAAGCGAACCUAAUGUACUAAGGAUUCGCUAAAAAAUAUAUAGGAUCGAAGAGCUGUACUCGAAAGAGUCGAACGAUUACUCGGUCGAUAAUCGUUCGAGUACAGGAACAGACACGGAACGGUAAGACAGGUUUCGCGAGCUUUUAACGAGAGAUCCGUAUAAAGCUCGAAACGAAUACGACGAAUAAUUUAGCUGGAAAUAUCCGGUAAAUUUCAGCGUACUCGCUAAACCGUCGUCCGAAGCACGGUUGCACGAGAGAGUCGACUAUCGUAGGUGACCAGGUAACCCGGGUGGUACCUGGUUGCACUUGGUGUGGCCUGCCGUGUAGAUGCCGAUCGUGUAGGCCAAGAUGGUGGGGCGGGUGGAGUAGGAGGCUGUUCUCCGUGGUAUACCCGCUAACAGAACCUACAACGGCAACCUCUAUAUCGGCCGUGUAAAGCGGGGUCCCCUCUUCGUCCCCUAAUGCAGCUGGUGGGACUACCUCGGUCCGUGCUAGCCGCUGCUACGACGUGGAUUAUAGUUUUUCUGGAGGGAGGGUGGUGGAGCGCCUUGCUUUCGAAAGGAUGGUGAUUGUGGAGCGUAGCCAGAGUAGAGUUAGGCGUAUAUAAGGCCCGCCGGCCCGGCCCAAGUCAGUCAUUCACCGGACUACCAGCCCACCAUACACACACCAAACAUGAAGGCCUUUAUUGUGUUCGCCUGUCUGGCAGUGGCGACGGCCCGCGCCGGAAUCGCUCACGGAGGUGGCUACGCUAUCGGUGGUCAUGGUGGACUUGGUCUCGGAGGCGGCGUUGGUCUCGGCGGUGUUGGCCUGGCCGUAGGAGGAGGUGCUAGUCUCACCGGUGGACUCGCGGCAGGAGCUGGAGCCGCCAGAUCUCUCCAAGACGGAGCGUCCAGCUUGGCUUCCCCGGCACUCGACGAUUCGAUCAUUCGGAAUUUCGUUUGUUCCCCCCGUGCAGGAGUGAUCGGAGGCAGGGCUGACAUUGGACCCGCCGAAGGACCCAAGGCCAACGUAGGACCCCAAACCGGACCCUCUGACAUCGUCGGACCCCAAGAAGGUGCCAAGAACGUAGGUGGACCACGUACCGGCCCAGCUGGUCUCGUUGGUCCCGCCACUGGUCCAUUCACCGCUGUAGGUGCCUCCGCUGGAACCUCCACCCUCGUAGGAGGAUCUCAGGGUCGCGCUAACUUGGUGGGACCGUCCUACGGUGGUGUCGCUUUCUACGCUGGAAGCGGUAACAUCAACGGUGACGACGGAAGCUCUGGCUCUGCUGCUGCCGCUGCGCCAUCUGGUCUUGCCGGUCUUAGCGGUGCUGGUGCCAUCGCUGUUGUGGGAGGUGGUGCCGGAAUCGCUGGUGGCAUCGGCGGACACGACGGUGGUGUUGCUGUGAUCAACGGACCGUCUGGCGCCAUCCACGCCGGACUCGGCUCCCACGGAGCUAUCAUCCCCGGGGCACUCGGCAAGUACUAGACGUUCUAAGGCCCCAGCGAUCUCGGCUCGGCGACGGCGGCAAACCCACCACAGUCACUUACCGGUCUCGAACGAUCCUCAAACGCGCUCAACGAUCUUCUUCCCAAAGCUUCGUCCAAUCUGGGAAUAUGGUGAAAAAUGCCGGCGUUAGUGGUGUAGUCGGUAUAUAGUCGGAAUAUUAAUCACAAAUCCAGUCGGUAUAUAUCGAGACACAGAUGAAGCGCGAGACGGAAGCCAUCGUUGGUAUCGUUGGGCCUGCCCUGUUCGCGGACUUAGAUCUCCGGGAAGUGUACACCGUGGACCCGGGCAUUCGUGAUCCGCGAUUUCGUCUCGUUCUCUCCCUCUGUCGACGAAACCGCUCGUCGAGGCACGGGUAAAAUUUAGUCAAUUUCCAUUCAUCAACUUUAACCGCGACAGAGGAAGUCGAGCGAAGCCGCGAUUGCCAACCACGGCUGAACAGUUCCGUGCGACAAAAGGACAUCCACCGUCGCGAUCUGUCGCGUCGACAAGCCCGGCGAAACGAUCGGCAAUCGGUUCAUCCGUCGAUGCUUUCGUCGCACGAACGACCCUGAAUCGCGCCAAACGAACAACGAUAUUUAAAAGAACGUACAACGGAAACACGUUGGACCCGGCCGCUCCGCCAUGGACCCAAAGUGGACAAGCUUUGGCGCUUCGUCGUUGGACCAACUGGGUCUGUUCUGUUUUCUGAACACCCACCGUUGCUCCGGCAGCACUCUUUUUUAUUUUUUUUUUUAUUCUCUCUUACGUCUUCCAUCAAUCGUAAGGCCGCCGUUCUUCACACACACGUAUAUUUACUACUCUCUCUCUUUUUUUUUUUACUUCCUUUCUCUCUUCCGAUGAGAACGUUGCCGCGAUCCUUCACCGGUCGCGUCGGCGCUCUCACAAGUUGUUAUACUCACUGCCGCACUCUCAAGCAUACAUAUUAUUAUUUACAUUACUCGUCC